CGACGAGGCGUUGCCAACGGUAACCAAUGAUAGUGCGGGGCAGGUGCUGGGUGCGGCAGGAUAAAAGCCUCGCGAGGGCGGCUGAUGCAAUCUGAAUCGCAGCGCGUGCACGACGGUUGGGCAGGUGUGGAUAAUGCCAUUUUUUAGGAAUUUGACCAAGAUUGCCAAACAGGCUCUGUUGAACAAUGGUUGUAGUUGCCAUUUUCCUGCCGUGACUUUCAGGCUUAUGAGCUGGAGCCCCAGACAACUAAAUGCAGAUGCUAGCUUUCACUCAGCAUCUUUUGCUGAAUCUGAUCACCCACGCGUUCUUAUCACUGGUGGAUUAGGCCAGCUUGGCAUAGGGCUUGCUAAAUUGUUAAGGAAACAUUUUGGUAAGAACAAUGUAAUACUCUCUGACAUCAGAAAACCCACAGAUGAUGUGUUUCACAGUGGGCCAUUUAUAUAUUCUGAUAUUUUGGACUACAAAAAUCUGCGUGAAAUAGUUGUCAAUAAUCGUAUUACAUGGCUGAUUCACUACAGUGCCUUGCUGAGUGCUGUAGGAGAAGCAAAUGUACCUUUGGCACGCAGUGUCAAUAUAACAGGUCUGCACAAUGUCUUGGAUAUUGCAGCUGAACAUAACCUUCGCUUGUUUGUUCCGAGCACAAUUGGUGCAUUUGGACCAACUUCUCCCAGAAAUCCAACUCCUGAUCUCUGUGUACAACGACCUAGGACUAUCUAUGGGGUCUCUAAGGUUCAUGCAGAGUUAAUGGGUGAGUACUACCACCACAAGUAUGGCAUGGACUUCAGAUGUCUGAGGUACCCAGGCAUAAUUUCGGCAGACACCCAGCCCGGUGGGGGUACAACAGACUAUGCAGUUCAAAUUUUCCACGAUGCUGUAAAAACAGGGAAAUUUGAAUGUUAUUUGAGGCCUGACACAAAGCUCCCCAUGAUGUACAUUGAUGACUGUCUGCGUGCAACGCUGGAAAUCUUGGAAGCACCAACAGAGCAGCUUAAAAUGAGAACCUAUAAUAUAAGUGCUAUGAGUUUUACUCCUGAAGAGCUGGUGACUGAAGUCCAAAAGCACCUGUCUGACCUUAAGGUCACUUACAAAGUUGAUAAAAUACGUCAGGAUAUUGCUGAUAGCUGGCCAAUGCAAUUUGAUGACCAUAAUGCUCGGCAAGAUUGGGGAUGGAAGCAUGAAUAUGAUCUUCCUGAGCUGGUGUUCACAAUGUUAAAUUUCUGCACAACUGCCAGACAGCUGAUGCAAGCAAAUUAGUAAAAGAGAGAAAAUGUUGAAGGACCAGAAUCUUCAAGGGGAUCCAAUAUACAUACAACUUACUGCAAUAGUUAAUUUGUAAAACCUUUUGUGUAAAUAGUCCUUUACCUGUACUUGAACUGACCUGACAACUAGAUUUGAUAUGUAUUUUGUGGGAAGAAGAUUCAAGUAAUAAUUAGUGUUAAUAAACUGGAUUAAGACUUCUUUAAAAUUCAUUAAUGCUGUUGAUUCUACUGCGGAAAUGCUGUUACCAAAACUCUUGUCAACAUUUAGGACAAAAUCUUUUAUUUCAGGCUUUGUAUCUAAGCUUUCAGAUUUAUGUUUUACUCGUGAAGUGUUGCUCAAAAAGUAUAAUUGGAAUGUUUAGUUUUACUGUCACAAAGCAGAAUCUAUGUACUUCAUGAAUUGAUCUUGAGCCAUCAAUCUUUUCAAGCAGGUACACAAAAUUGCUGGAGAAACUCAGCGGGUGCAGCAGCACCUAUGGAGCGAAGAAAAUAGGUGACGUUUCGGGUCGAAACCCUUCUUCAGACAUAGAUCCAUAGAUGCUGCUGCACCCGCUGAGUUUCUCCAGCAAUUUUGUGUACCUUCGAUCUUCCAGCAUCUGCAGUUCCUUCUUGAACAAAUCUUUUCAAGCAUGUAGGAAAGAACUGCAGAUGCUAAUUUAAAUCAAAGAGAGAUACAAAAUGUUGGAGUAACUCAGUGGGAGAGGCAGCAUCUCUGGAGAGAUGGAAUGGGUAAUGUUUCGGGUUGAGACCCUUCUUCCCGAAACAUCACCCAUUCUUUCUCUCCAGAGAUGCUGUCUGUCCCGCUGAGUUACUCCAGCAUUUUGAAUCUUUUAAAGCACUUAUGUUUAUGUUGGGUGCAGUUUAUUUAUUCAGCUGAAGAUAUUAUAAAUUGCAGUUUCCAAAAAAAGUUAAGAUUUUUAAUAUCCAAAACAAAUAUUGAUAUGCAGAUUAGUAUUUGAUUAAAAUGUGACAUUUUGUAGAAUACUUAGUCUUGACUUAAUUAUAGUAUUAUGCACUUCUGUGAUGAAUGAUCAUCAAUGUAGAAAUAUAACGGAAACUGCACACAUUUCUAAUAUAUUUUGUGUUACAGUUGUGAUUUCUUUAAUUCUACCAUUGCGUUUCAUAUCCUACUAUCUUUUGAGAAGUCUAGGCAUGAAUGUGCUUGUGUUUUGCUUCAUUCCAAAGUAGUUAUGGAUAAACAAUAGUAAAAAUGAACAUCUAAUACUCUUCUGUGAAUUCAAUUUCCUAACUUUGAAGGUCAUGCACAAGUUACAGAUUCUUCGAUUGACAGCUUCAUUGUAAAGUAAAAUCCAUGCUCCAUUUAUUACAAAAUGGUAUUUACAUUAAAUUUCCAAUAUGG